GAUGUGAUCUAGUGAUGUCAUACGCGUUGACGGCAUCAUCGCGGCCAGACGACACACAUCUACACACCUUGUGACGAUGUUAAUAGACCGCCUUUUUUCCCCGUUUAACCACACAACGCGUGUUCUUUUCGUAUAAACUCGGUUGAGUCUCAUAGGAAAGUUGUAGCGGUAGCAUCAAGCUAAUUAUCGUCAUCAUUAGCCAGUGAACGCUACAGCGGUGACAUGCUAAUGAGCCUAAGCUAACGUGCUAGCAGUGCCAACCGUCAUUCAGGCGGAGCGGAGACUAUUGACCUGAGGAUCUGUUCAAGAUGUCCUGAGGUUCAUAACAUCCGUAACGGAGGUUAUCGCUGUUCUUUUGUUCAGUUGUGGGUUUUUUUUUUAAAAGAAGAAGUCUGCGGGGUUCGAGGAGAUGAACACGCCGCUCGGGAGGAGCGGCUUGGUCGGACUCGCAGUCGGAGCCACGGCCGGUUGCGGCUUGAUCGCCUUCAUGAUCUUCAGGGAGAUCAGUAGGAGGAGAUCCCGGAGACUGGUGCUGGAGGCCCGGCCGGCUCUCCGGCUGUGUGACGGUUCGGAGGAAGCGGAGCUGCUGCUGCGGGACACGCUGGAUGCGCGGGAGGUGGAGGCCCAGCAGCAGGCCCUGGCGGCGGUGGAGGCGGUGGUGCAAGGCCUGUCCCCCCAGCAGCAGCUGGAGCUGAGGACCCAGCUGGACCAGGUGCUGAACUGCGUGGUCUCGCUGCGCUCAGAGGUGGCUGAUCUGAGGGGCGGCCUGCAGGACAUCGCUGUGCAGAUCAUCCAGGAUGUCAAAAAGGGCGUGGAGGACAGUCAGCGGGUACGUCGGCGGCGCCACAUCAUCCACAGGGAGCGCACCGACUCCACCGGCUCCAGCUCCAUCUACUUCACGGCCAGCCAGGGCGUGGCCAGCGCGUACGAGACCAGCGAAGGAGGGUACUCGACGGCCUACGCCGAGUCGGACUACACUGACCGGGACACGGACAAAGAGGAGGGCGAGCGGGAGCCAGAGCCAGAGCAGGAGUCCGAGGGGGAGGACGAGGACAGGAGCUGUGCCACUGUCCUCACCCUCCGUCAGGAAGACUCCCAUGAGGAGGAAGCGGAGGAGAGAGGGCUGCUGGAGGAGGACGAGGAGGAGGAGGAGGAGGAGGAGGAGGAGGAGGAGGAGGAGGACGGCCUGCAGCUGGUGACGGAGGUCCCCAGCGGGGAGCUGGCUCUCCUGCUGGCUCAGAGCGACGUCCUGCACACCGGAGACGGCAGUCUGAAGGCAGAGGGCUUUCGCCUGCUGCUGGACAACCGAGCAGAGUAUGGAGACAGCAGGGAGUUUCUAUGGCGACUGGCUCGGGCUUACCGUGACAUGUACGAGUCCACUGAGGACAAACAAGAGAAGGAGACCUACGCUCAACGAGGUCAGGAGGAGGCCGAGUUGGCCCUGAAGAAGAACGGCCUCAACGCCGAGUGUCACAAAUGGUUUGCUGUGCUGACAGGACUGACCUCCAAACACGAGAGCAUGCACGGCAAGCUGAAGAGCAGCAACAUCUUAAAGGAGCAUCUGGACCGAGCUCUCGCCCUGAGAGACGACGACCCCAUGUGUUACUACUUGCUCGGCAGAUGGUGCUACGAGGUAGCCACUCUGGACUGGCUGGAGAAGAAGGCGGCCGCCGCCCUCUACCAGAGCCCCCCCACCUCCACACUGCAUGACGCGCUCGAGAACUUCCUCAAGGCAGAGGAACUCAGUCCAGCUUUCUCCAAGAUGGUGAGACUUUACAUCGCACAGUGUCACAAGGAACUGGGAAACAUCUCUGAGGCCACGAACUGGACUGCGCUGGCUCUGAAGACGCCCACAAUCUCCGAUGAUGAUGAAACGACUAAACUGGAGGCUCAGCUCCGAGUCCUAAUUGACAGAAACAUCUGAAGAAGAAAGAAAAAAUAUAUAUAUUUAUAUAUUCAUAUGUCCUUAUAUCCAACUGAUGAGGCCAAUGGCCCUGAUUGGCUCGUCAGGCCGCCAAUCUGUGGUCAUCCAAUCAGAUCUCAUCCCUGUUCCCUUUAUUGGAUACUUCUGUCACUGUGAAAGAUGGACUUUAUUGAUGUAUAUUUAUUUUCUCUAAUCGAGCUAAAAGUAAUGUUUAUUGUGAUUUGUCUUUGUAAUAUCUCUUGUUUAAAUAUUGAUCUGCCUUGUUAACUGACAAACAUAGCUUAUCAUGUCUGACUGCUGGUUAGCUGGUCCAGAUUCAUUAACCAGGGAUGUUCUGAGAGCUUUACGUCAAAGAGGAAACCUAAUUAACUCAUGCAUCCAUUAAUUCAAUUUCUGUUCUCCCUGUAUUAUGAUAGUUGUGCUGGGUCGAUCCCAAAUUGUCUUUGAUGUGUUGACACAAUUGUAGUACUACUCUGAAUAUAUCUUUUCUGCUCCAACUUCAUUUCAUUCGAUUAUGGAGUUUAAAGCAUCUGCACUGAUCCGUGUACUUGUUUUUUUCAUUUGUUUCUGAAGUGAAAGUUAAGCCGCUUUGAUCUAACAUCACUUUGUUUCCAAUUCUAAUUUCAGUUGCUAUUGUGAAACUCAUUUAAUCCUGCGAUGAAAAGUCAAUAUGCACUCAAGUGAUCCUCGUUUAACAUGGAAUAAAAUUGUUUUUUUGUA